AUGGCGAUGUGGACUACGGAGAAGGAUAUGACGGAGAUGACAGCGAUGACAGCAAACAUCACGACACCGUUGGCCUCGACCACGGCGUUACCUCUGCCCCCAUUUCUUGAUCACGGUCUAUCCAUCGUACUCGUCUUCGCUUUCAUCUUCGGUAUCGCAGGUAAUGGGGCGGCCAUCAUGAUCUUCGUCAAGACCAAGUCUCUGAGGACACCACCUAACAUGUUGAUUGUGAAUCUUGCCAUCAGCGACUUUGGAAUGGUCAUCACUAACUUUCCCCUCAUGUUUGCUUCAACUAUUUACAAUAGAUGGCUCUUCGGAGAUGCGGGUUGUCAGUUUUAUGCCUUCUGUGGAGCUCUGUUUGGAAUCAUGUCCAUUGCCAACAUGACUGCCAUCGCCCUGGAUAGGUACUACGUGAUCUGUUGGUCUCUGGAGGCUGUGCGUUCGGUGACUCAUCGAAGAUCUAUGAUCAUCAUCAUCAUAGUCUGGUGCUAUGCCAUCUUCUGGUCCAUCCCGCCUUUCUUCGGGGUAGGUUCCUAUGUCCUGGAAGGCUACGGACUCGGAUGCACAUUCGAUUUCAUGACAAAGGAUCUCAAUCACUACCUGCACGUCAGUUUCCUCUUCGCCAGCAGUUUCGUCGUGCCAGUCACCAUCAUCAUCGUCUGCUUCACCCGGAUAGCGAUCACGGUGAGGGCCCAUCGACAUGAGCUGAACAAGAUGAGGACAAAACUCACGGAAGACAAGGACAAGAAGCACAAGUCGUCCAUCCGUCGCGCCAACAAGGCCAAGACAGAGUUCCAAAUUGCCAAGGUCGGUUUCCAAGUCACUAUCUUCUACGUUCUCUCCUGGAUGCCUUAUUCCAUAGUCGCUGUCAUUGGACAGUAUUUCGACUCUGAUUUACUGACACCUCUAGGAACAGUGGUGCCUGUCAUCUUCGCCAAGUGUUCCGCCAUCUGGAACCCCAUCAUCUAUUGUCUGUCUCAUGAGAAGUUCAACGCAGCUUUGAAAGAGAAGCUCAUGGGGAUGUGCGGCAUAGAGAUCCCAUCGAAGCACCGUAGCAUGGGAUCGCAGGAGUCUUCGGUCACAGGACGACGUGGAAUGCAUCGCCAGAACUCCUCCACACUGUCGGAGUCUUCUGUCACCAGUACCGUAGAUCAGGACGCUAUCGAGCUGAAGGACCGGAAGCAGGGUCCAGCUACUGUCAAGGUCCAGCAGGAGAAAGUUGAAGGGGGUACGUAUCGGAGGAAUCCUGGAGAUGUCACCUUUUCCAAAGACGCCGGAGUUGAGGUCGAUGAGAAGAGGAGGGGCGAUCAGGGCCAGCGUGACGAUCGGGUGAGACCACAAGGUGAGGGACAGAUGGACCAAUGGAGCCAACCGCCUCCUGCUCCUGCUUCUGCUUCUGCUCCUACUCCUGGUGUCAAUGAUAAAGAAUACCUUACAAAGAUGUAGGAUACUGGGGUUAAAUUUAUCUGCGUCUAGUGCCUGUUGCACACGAGGUGUUAUAUUCCUGACUCAGCAUUGCGUCAGCGAUUGGUGCAGUCUUUUGACGCACCCUGCGAGGGUGACGUACAGUGCGUCCCAGAAAAAAACGAAACCGAGAAUUAUCGAUGUUUUAUCAUAACUUAAUCACGAUUAUAGUUAACAAAUGACACAUAUCUGGAAAGCUUAGAUCCUCCUCUUUCA